AAAUUUUAGACAUUAACACUUAAUUUUUGUUCAUUUCACAACUAUUAAUUUUGUUAUUAUUAUUUAGCUUAGUUAAUCAGUUGGUAGUAUUGUUUACUUUUACUUUAGUUGUCAUCGUUGUCAUAAAUAAUCAGGCAUAAUAAUCAUAAUCUUGAGUGUUUACUUUGCCCUUGUGAUACUGAAUUUUACCUUAUUUGAUAAUAAAGUUCAUUUAUAUAGGAAGUUGCUGCACUAUCCUUGAUAUUUUAAAUAAAGGCGUUGUUUACUUACAUUCAUAAGUGAGCGACAAGACGCUAUUUUAACUUCGUUUGGUAUCGAUGUUGUUGUCUUCAAAUGUGAACGUGAAUGAGAACUAAGAUCAAAAUGUGGAAAAUGCCAAACAAAAUAGAUAUUGUAAAUCAGAAAGAUGAGUGUUUUCACGAAUUAAUGGAAGAAUGUAAACAUUUACCUCCAGGAGCGAAAUUAACCCUUAACCUUAGAAUAAAAUUGCAGAAGUUUACUCGUGAAUGUAGAAAAGAAAUAGUGAACAGAGUCAAAUCAGGAUGUGCCCCAUUAUUUAUUGCAUGCAAAAAAGGUCAGACAGAAAUUGUAGAGUAUCUAAUCAAUGUUUGUGGAGCUGAUAUUGAACAAAGGGGUCUUUAUGAAGUCCCUGAAGAUAGAUCUGUCCAUUGUGUAACUCCUUUGUGGUGUGCAGCAGUUUCUGGUAAACUAGAUGUGAUAAAGUGUUUAGUAAACAACGGUGCAGAUGUAAAUGCAGUAUCUGAUACAGGUUCUACUCCUGUUCGCUCUGCCUGCUUCAUGACACAUUUUGCAGUUGUUCAGUACUUAGUAGAAAAAGGAGCUGACAUUAAUAAACCAAAUUAUAAUGGAGGAACCUGUUUAAUAAAUUCAGUGCAGAGUGUGACUUUAUGUACUUUUCUUUUAAAAAAUGGGGCACACGUUAAUGCAAAAGACAUUCAGAAUAAAACAGCUUUACAUUAUGCAAUACAAGAACAUAGGUUGGAAACUACUCAGUUACUUAUAAGGUACGGAGCAGAUUACAAUGCAAAAUCAAGAUACGGAGAUGAUGCUUUACAAACUGCUUGUCUUAAAGGAGCAAUUAAUAUUUUCGACUACCUAACAGAAGAAAUACCUUAUUCAAGUGAGCAAUUAGUUAAUGCACAUGAAUUGCUAGGUUCAACCUGUUUAGAUGAACAAAAUGACAUUAUAUCAGCUAUUCAUCAUUGGAGGGUGGCACAGUAUAUGAGAGAGGAGAUUCAUGGCCUAUUACCAAAAACGCCUAUAAUGCCCCCUCGCGCUGCUUUUCAUUAUCAGACUGAAUUUCAAUCGGCAGAAGAAUUGGAUAAUGUAAUGACUGACUUGGAUUCAAUUAGAUUACAAAGUCUUUUAAUUGUUGAAAGAAUACUAGGACCAUAUCAUAAAGACACAGUUUUUAGGCUAAUGUUUCGAGGAGCCGCUUAUGGAGAUGUAAUGCGUUAUCAGAAAUGUAUAGAUUUAUGGAGAAGAGCUUUGGAGAUCAGGGUUGAAAAAGAUGGUAUAUUUUACUCAGACACUUGUUUUACUGCACAAGCAAUAAUUCGCCAGAUGAUAGAUUUCAAUGAGAAAUUUAAACAAAACGAAAACAACGAAAGCAGCGAUCAGCAGAGAUUUGAAGAUGUUGUUGCCACUUUUAGACUUUUAACCGAAGAUAUUGAAGAAGCUCAACGACUACUAAAAAUUCGGCCAGUUUUCAAGAGACAAGUAGAGAAUUUCGAUAGAAUCCUUAAAUGUAUCACACACCUUAUUUAUUUACUACUUCAAACAGCUAAAACGGAAGAUCAAAUGAUUUUUGUUAAGCAAAUAGUGACUAAUUUGGUGUGUAUAAAUCCAACAAGCGCCGUGACAGAAGACACUCUUCUUCAUUUGUGUGUUUCAAAAUCUAAUACAAUUAGAUCCAGUUAUUUCUUGGAAGAAGUACCUAUGGCUAUAUUUCCUAAGCUGGAUGUGAUACAGUUUUUAUUGGACUGUGGAUCUAAUGUAAACGCAAGAAAUGAAACAGGGUGCACCCCGUUGCAUGUUGCCACGAUGCCCAAUAAUAAUGAUACAACACUUGUGAAGCUUCUUCUUCAUUAUGGUGCUCACAUUGAUCAGCCAAAUUCAUCAGGAGACUCUCUCGCGCGUAAAAUACAAAAUAAUCGUUACACCAAUGAUAUACCUAUCUUCGACUACAUCACCCUGAAAUGCUUCUGUGCAAGAGAGAUUGCAAAAUACAAAAUUAAUUACAAAAAUCAAGUGCCAAAAACGCUAGAGAGGUUCAUAGUGCAACACGAACCGUAGCGACAUACUUUCGAGCUUAUUUUAUUUUUUUUACAACGUACUUUUUUUUAAUGAAAAUAUUAAUUAAAAAAAUACUGUCGAGUGCAUUCUAUAUUAUUGUCUUGCAAUACAAAACGAGACAGACUUAAAUAAAUCAUGAUCUGAAGAAACAAUUGGCGUUGGGAAAACGUGUACUGACUUAAAAAUGUAGAAUAUUUUGCACGUUUUGUAGUACAUAUAAAAAAGAAAUAAUUAAACUAUUACAGACAGUCGUGCUUUGUACGUUUUACUUGUGAGGUUUGCCAGAGUAGUCAAACUCGUUUCGGCAUUGUAAUGAUAAUGUACUUGCUCUUUCAGCAAAUACUCGUGAAAAAUGUGUGAUAAAUAAUAUUCUUUUUAAGUUUUAAUAUAGUUGUGAUUCAUAUUCGUGUAUUUAAUGUUAUUAAUAAAUAAAAAUGUAACUGAAAACGUA